GGGGCGGGCAGGGAACCAGCGAUGGUAUUUAUGUGGGGGCGACAUGCGGCGCUGUGAGAGGCUGCGGCGCUUCGCCAGUCUGGAGGCGGACGGCGCCUCAUGGCCGAGUUGAGCCCAGCCGCUCCGCUGCAGAUGAGCUUCAUCUCCAACAACGAGAAGUACAACCUGCAGCUGGAGCGCGUGAGGUCGCCCUUCACAAGGGGGGCGAGGAUCAUCAAUGGCAAGGGCGAGACGGUGCCAGGGCAGCGCGUGACCGACCAGCCCGUCUUCCGCAGCGCGAAUAACGGCGCCGUGCUCUCUCCCGUGAAGGGCGUGCUUCGAGGCCUCGUGAGGAUGAACGGGAGCCUCGUGGACGUGGAGGCGGACCCUGCCACUGGCAGGAUGUCGACGAACUUGCAGGUGCACACCCCGCGCGUUUCCGAGAGGAUUAUUGACGAGGGAGGCGGAUUUAUGUCGGCCGGCGCGACGGAAAGGAUCUUCGACUCAGAGGCCAUCCACAGGUGGACAGACUGUUACGAAGACGAUUACAUCAAGCGUCAAUUCUCCAUGGGUGUCUCCCUUGGCGACAACGGGGCGGCAUUAUUCACAGACGCCGAGGACGCCACGGAAUGGAUGCAGAGCAUUUUUGCAAUGACGAACAUGGUCUAUGAGCCCCAGCUCAACAUCGCGCUAAUGAUCGACGCGGUCUAUAUCCCAGCGUAUGUCUCAGAGUCCACGGACUGGGCCAGCUGCGCCAGUGGUAUCAGUCAGCAGCUGGAUGAUGCGAUGGCCUGGUCGCAGCCGUCCAGGCAGGGCUUGUGGCAUGUGUUCGACGACUGCUUCACAAAUGGUCAGGCUGGCACCGUCGGCCUGGCGGUCUUGGGGUCCGCCUGGAAUGGGUUCUGUGCGAUGGACCCGUUGGGUGGGCAGAUGACCAAUGUCGGUGUCACGUACAUCACUUCUGGCACCUGGCUGACGUUUGCUCACGAGGUUGGCCACAAUCCGUCAGGCUGGUGCCACAUCCGCCUCCUGGGCCGCGACGCUGGGUAGUAUCGAGGUCGGCGGUCUUUCUAAGG